CUCGGUGCGGACAUGCUCCCGGUGCUCCGGAGAUGAGGCUCCGAAAUGUCUCCUUCCUGACGGUCUUGUUGUUCGGGCUGUGCGGGCUGGUCUCCCUGUCCUGGUACACCGCCUUCAGCAGCUCCAGAGGAGAUGUGGUUGAUAUCUACCAGAGGGAGUUCCUGGCGUUGAGGGAGCGCCUCCACUCGGCCGAGCAGGAGAACUUGCGGCGCUCCAAGGAGCUGAAUCUGGUCCUGGAGGAGAUCAAGAGGGCCAUCGCUGAGAAACAGGCGCUCAGAGACAUCAACCGCACCUGGAGCAGCCUCUCCGAGGAGACGAGGCUGAAGCUGUGGAAUGUGAGCAGCAGUAAAAACGUCCUGCAGCUUCCCUCCAUCUUCCAUCAUCUUCCUCACCUGCUGAACAGAGAGGACAGCCUGCAGCCGGCCGUCCACCUGGGACAGGGACGCACCGGAGUCUCCAUAGUGAUGGGGGUUCCCAGUGUGAAGAGGGAGGUCCACUCCUACCUGACCGACACUCUCACCUCUCUGAUGUCAGAGCUCAGUCCCGCCGAGAAAGAGGACUGCGUCAUCGUCGUCUUCAUCGCAGAGGCCGACCAGCAGUACGCCAGCAGUGUAGCAGACAACCUGAAGCGCCUUUUUCCAGCAGAGAUUCAGUCGGGUCUGUUGGAGGUCGUCUCUCCGUCCGUCCACUUCUACCCCGACUUCUCUCGACUCCGGGAGUCCUUCGGAGACCCAAAGGAGAGAGUCAGGUGGAGGACGAAGCAGAACCUGGACUACUGCUACCUGAUGAUGUACGCUCAGUCUAAAGGAACUUACUACGUCCAGUUGGAGGACGAUAUAGUCGCUCGUCCAAACUAUUUCACCACCAUGAAGAACUUUGCGUUGCAGCAGCCGUCAGAAGAAUGGAUGAUCCUCGAGUUCUCUCAGCUCGGCUUCAUCGGAAAGAUGUUCAAGUCUCUGGACCUGUCGCUCAUCGUGGAGUUCAUGUUGAUGUUCUACAAAGACAAACCCAUCGACUGGCUGCUGGACCACAUCAUGUGGGUCAAAGUCUGCAACCCAGAGAAGGACGCGAAACACUGCGACAGGCAGAAAGCAAACCUGAGGAUUCGGUUCAAACCGUCGCUCUUCCAACAUGUUGGCACUCACUCGUCUCUGGCUGGAAAGAUACAGAAACUCAAGGAUAAGGACUUUGGUAAACAGACCCUCCAUAAGGGUCAUGCCAACCCGCUGGCGGAGGUGACGACCAGCCUGAAGACCUACCAGCACUUCACCCUGGAGAAAGCCUACCUGGGGGAGGACUUCUUCUGGGCCUUCACACCUGUAGCGGGGGAUUUCAUACGGAUACGAUUCUUCACACCUGUCCGCAUCGAGAGGUACUUCUUUCGGAGCGGGAACAUUGAACAUCCGGGAGACAAACUCUUCAACACAUCAGUGGAGGUUCUGCCGUUCGACAAUAUUCAGGCGGAUAAAGAGGCCUUGACAGAGGGGAGAGAGAAAACGCCAAAGUACCACCGGACAGAAGACGGAUUCAUCAGAAUAGGAACGUUCAAGAACGGUAUAGCGGAGGGGGAGGUGGACCCGACCUUUGGACCCCUGGAGGCCAUGCGGCUCUCGGUGUUGACAGACUCGCCGGUCUGGGUGAUCCUCAGCGAGAUCUUCAUAAAGAAAGCAGAGUGAAGCUCCUCCUCCUCUCUCGCCUGCCAGAGACCGUUCAGCCGAGCUGACCCCCGGGACGCUCAUCAGCCCUGCUCACCAGACUCACAACCGGCGGUGCCAUAGCGCCGCCGUCUGGCCGGACCUCGGCGCCGCAGGGCUGCAGGCGGCUCAGAGACUGAACCUCACUGACCGGACGACCCGUCUCCUGGUCUCCUGGUCUCCUGGUCUCAGACGAUGCUGUUAACUAAGAAUCUGUAUUUAUGUGUACAUACAGGGAUGUAGAUGAAAACACUGGCGAUCGCCACGGCGACAGGACCUGCUGCUUCAUUAAUAUAAGGACUCAAAGGCCUCUUUCUUAUCUGGUUGUUCCGGACCUUUCUACCAUAACCCCUCCCCCACAGUAACCAUGUAUGUGCAUAUAAGCAUAGAGAUGUACACACCUCCAUAUGAAUGCCCUCUCAGUGUGUCGAUGUGUGUCUGUGCUCGCUGCUCGGGGGGUUCAGAGGUUUGCCUUAACGAAGACGAAGAGCAGAUUCACUUUAAAACUUCAAACGAGCCCCGGACAAAGUACCCAGAAUCCCUUGCUGCGACCUCGGCCUCCUCACAUCUCUGUGGCUUUAAACUACUGACGCCGACGACGACGACGGCUGUUUUACUUUUUUAACAAAGUUGUUGAUUUAUUUUAAAUUAACUGAGGCCUUUUCACAGACGACCGCUCUGUUCUUCUUCACAGUACUUUAUUGUACUUCUCAGUACUCUACAGUACUUUGUUCUAUUUCACAGUACUGUGAUGUACUCACAGUACUUUACAGUACUCUCUGCUACUUCACAGUACUCUGUUCUACUUCACAGUACUCUGUUCUACUUCACAGUACUCUGUUCUACUUUACAAAACUGUAAUGUACUUCACAGAACUUUAAUGUACUUUACAGUACUCAAAUGUACGCUACUGUACUCUAACCUUGCAGUACUCUGCAGUACUUGACAGCACUGUAAUGUAUUCUACAGUAUUCUUAUGUACUCUUCAUUACUCAGAUGUACUUUAAGGUACUCUAACAUACAUUGCAGUACUCUACAGUACUCUUACAUAUUUUCCAGUACUCAAGUGUACUUUUCAGUACUUUACACAACUCUCAUGUACUCAACAGUAAUCUAAUGUACUUUAAAUUAAAGUACUGUAUAGUACAUUACAUUGCUAUUACGUCCCACAGUACUCUAACAUACUCCGCAGUUUUUUACAGCACGCUACAUUACUCUGAUGUACUCUAAGGUACUUUAAAGUACUCUACAGUACUUUAGUUUACUCUGCUGUCUUGUACUUUACUUCAGCAGAGAUUCAUGUCUUUUCUUUCUCUCCAUUUUCAGUCUCUCAUUGACUCUUUUGGUAAAAAAAACAACAGUUUAAUUUAAUUUUAAUUUCUCUGUAAAGACGUCUUUUGUCUCCUUGUGUUUCCUCAGAUUAUUGUUUUCACUCUUUGUUUGUUCCCUCGGUUCAGUUAUUGGUUCCUUCAAAUGAUGAAAAUGUUUUCAUCAAAUUCAGAAUGAUGAGUCCACGUGUCCUCACAUGUAAAGGGAGAUGAAUGAACAAGGUUUCAUAUCCUGAAUAAGAUCAAAGCAAAACUAGUAACUAACAUAAUCAUGUGAUCAACGUGAAGAAUUUAAAUUAAAGUAAAGCCGGUUAAACGAUGGUUUUAUGGGAAUUUCACAUUUCAAAAUCAGAAAAAAGAAAAUGUACUCCCCUUCAAAUGAACAAACCCAUUGAGUUCUCAGUUAUUGAUGAUUAUUAUUAAUAUGACUGAUUAAAGAAAACGAUUUAGCAUUCCUUCCACCUGCUCCAUUAAAUCAGCCCUUCUGUCAAAUCUUCAUUCAUAUUUGAGCUUCAGAUGAAAAACAGAUCUGAAGUGAACGGAGCGUCUUCAAGCUUCGGGAAACAUCCCGAGUGGUCUUUCUCUUUUCUUUGUAAGAUGCACUGGAAUGCAUUGAUAUAAUCUGUGUUUGUCUUUUGUAUCCUUUAGAUAAAAACUCUAUUUAAAUCUUUAACUUCUAUCCGAUCUGUGACUUGUAAUAAAGACAG